GCUAGGGGUAACAGGGUGUGGAUUUAGGGCGUGCCCACCCUGCGGAUCGGCGCCCGUGAGCGCCCCCAGCCAGUCCCUGAGUUAGGACACGAGAAAAGAGGAGGAGGAACCUAAGGAGGGCUCGCCGAACCCGCCACCCGCUCUGAACUUGCCAGGGAAACUAGUGCGGAGGGAGGGGCCGGGGCCGGGGCCGCGGCGGGAGGAGGGGCGGCCGCAGCUGCAUCCAGCUCCGUUGGCUUCCUUCCCAGCUCUCCUUCGCCUCCUCCUCCUCUUCCUCCUGUAUGAGUCAGGCAUUUCCCGUGGAUUUGGAGCAGCCACGCGCGGCCCGGGCGCCCGGAGCUGUAGCAGCCGCCGCCGCCGCCGCGCGAGGAGCCCCAGCGCCGGGGCCGCCACCGCGGCGGGCACCCGCGUCCCGGGCGCGCACGGACCAUGGAGAGGGCGGCCCAGGGCGCAGACGGCGGCGGGGGCAGCAAUAGCAGCAGCCGCAGCAGCAGCCGCGCCACCUCGGCGGGUUCCUCGCCCUCCUGCUCCCUGGCGGGCCGGGGGGUCUCCGGCCGGUCGGCAGCAGCCGGGCUCGGCGGCGGGGGCAGCCGCAGCAGCCCCGGCUCGGUGGCCGCUAGCCCGUCCGGGGGAGGCGGCCGCAGGAGGGAGCCGGCGCUCGAGGGCGUGCUCAGCAAAUACACCAACCUCCUCCAGGGCUGGCAGAACAGGUACUUUGUGCUGGAUUUUGAGGCUGGCAUCCUGCAGUAUUUUGUGAAUGAGCAAAGCAAGCACCAGAAGCCUCGAGGAGCCCUGUCUUUAUCUGGAGCCAUAGUGUCCCUGAGCGAUGAAGCUCCCCACAUGCUGGUCGUGUACGCCGCUAAUGGGGAGAUGUAUAAACUGAGAGCUGCUGAUGCAAAAGAGAAACAGUUUUGGGUGACUCAGCUUCGAGCUUGUGCCAAAUACCACAUGGAAACGAGUUCUAAGACUACUCCAAGUUCCCGAAGCCGAAGUCUCACUUUGCUCCCCCAUGGAACGCCCAAUUCUGCGUCUCCCUGUAGCCAGAGACACCUCGGUGCUGGGGCCCCCGGUGUUGUCACAAUCACGCAUCACAAGUCGCCUGCAGCCGCCCGAAGAGUCAAGAGUCAGUAUUCCGGCCAGCUUCGCGAAGUCAGAGAGAUGAUGAACCAGGUGGAAGGACAGCAGAAAGACCUUGUGCACGCCAUCGAGUCUCUGCCAGGUUCUGGCCCCCUCACCGCCUUGGACCAGGAUCUGCUGCUCCUGAAAGCUACCUCUGCUGCUACCCUCAGCUGCCUCGGCGAGUGCCUCCACUUGUUACAGCAGACCGUGCACCGCGUGAGCCAGCCCAGCCACAAGCCAGGGGCCUCAGAAAGCAUCCUGGGAUGGCAUGGGCCCAAGUCACAUUCCACAGAGCAGCUGAAAAAUGGGACACUUGGCUCUUUGCCGUCAGCCAGUGCCAACAUAACCUGGGCAAUUUUACCAAACUCCGCUGAAGAUGAACAGACCUUACAGCCAGAGCCAGAGCCAAACUUAGGCCCUGAAUUGGUUUUGUCCGAAGAUGAAAAAAGUGACACUGAAGAUAAGGAAGAGACAGAAUUGGGUGUCAUGGAGGAUCAGCGGAGUAUAAUUCUUCAUCUCAUUUCACAACUCAAACUUGGAAUGGAUUUGACCAAGGUGGUGCUUCCCACGUUUAUUCUGGAGAAGCGAUCCUUGCUGGAGAUGUAUGCAGACUUUAUGGCGCACCCAGACCUGCUGCUGGCCGUAACUGCUGGAGCCACGCCCGAGGAGAGAGUCAUUUGCUUCGUGGAGUAUUAUCUCACGGCCUUCCACGAGGGCCGCAAGGGGGCCUUGGCCAAGAAGCCCUACAACCCCAUCAUCGGCGAGACGUUUCACUGCUCCUGGGAAGUUCCCAAGGACAAGGUCAAGCCGAAAAGGACUGCUCCCCACUCUCCUGCCGGCCACGAACACCCAGUGGCUGACGACCCUUCCAAAAGCUACAAGCUAAGGUUUGUGGCUGAGCAAGUAUCCCAUCACCCACCUAUCUCCUGUUUCUACUGUGAGUGCAAGGAGAAGAGACUGUGCGUCAACACUCACGUAUGGACCAAAAGCAAGUUCAUGGGCAUGUCCGUGGGAGUCUCUAUGAUAGGGGAAGGUGUGCUGAGGCUCCUGGAACAUGGGGAGGAGUACGUGUUCACCCUGCCUAGUGCCUACGCCCGGUCCAUUCUCACCAUCCCGUGGGUGGAGCUUGGAGGAAAAGUCAGCAUCAGCUGUGCCAAGACUGGGUACUCAGCAACAGUGACCUUCCACACGAAGCCUUUUUACGGAGGGAAAGUCCACAGGGUCACAGCAGAGGUCAAGCACAACCCAACCAACACCAUUGUUUGUAAAGCCCACGGGGAAUGGAACGGUACCUUAGAGUUCACCUACAGCAACGGAGAAACCAAAGUCAUCGACACCACCACGUUGCCAGUGUACCCGAAGAAGAUCAGACCCCUGGAGAAGCAGGGGCCCAUGGAGUCCAGGAACCUCUGGCGGGAGGUGACCCGAUACCUGCGGCUAGGGGACAUCGACGCUGCCACUGAGCAGAAGCGGCGCCUGGAGGAGAAGCAGCGGGUGGAGGAACGGAAGCGGGAGAACCUCCGCACACCGUGGCAGCCCAAGUAUUUUAUCCAGGAGGGUGACGGCUGGGUAUACUUCAAUCCCCUUUGGAAGGCACACUGAUGGGUGGACGUGCAGAGCUUUCAGAAAUAGCCCUGUUUUUGUAGGAAUUAAAGUGGUACAGUAUCAAGGUUCUGCUGAUAUUCACUGAGACCUCUUGAUAUUAUUCAAGAAGUGGCACCUGAGAGAGAAAUUACAUACUGUGAAAAAUGCACCCCCAAACUCUACUGUAGGAUUGAAUUUAUUCAAGAGCCAUUUGGGGCAUGUGUGUAUACACAGGUUUGUGUGUGAGCUCUCAGCACACUGUGUUCACACUCAUGCACUGUAUACACGUCUGCUGAGUAUUAUUACACAUGUAAACACUGCACUUACCAAGAUUUCAGUGGGUAAUUAUGAGCUCCUUUUUAUCAAUGAGGUUUGAAGUUUUCUAUUUUUCACUUUGCCAGAAAUGUUUUGCACUCACAAAAGUAUUCUCACGUAGUCAAUUCCUGGCAAAACAAAGGUAUUAUUGGCAUGGCCCAAUUGAUGUCCAUAUGCUAGAAAGUGGCUCAUUCCUGGUAGAAGUGUGGGUGGCUGUCAUUUCAAAAUUAUUGUGAUUCCCACCUCCCUCCCUACUUCAACAUUUUGUUUGUCCAUACUCAAGAAAGAUAAACUGUUAUUUCCUACUGGAUGGGGAGCGGGCAGGAAGCUGUUAAAGGUUUAUGCUGGAGUUUUCUAGGAGGGAGCACCUCUGGGAGAACCUAGAGCCAGGCCCACUUUGGAAUUUUCCUCCCAUCUACUUGCCCCAGAACCUUUCUGACAAUUUCUCAUGCUCAAAGCACUAGUCAUACAUGUUUCAGAAGCUGCUUCUUUUACAGUAGAAAACAAGUCGUAUGGAGACUUCACUACUUUUAUGAUGAAAAAAGGGCUUUGGAAAUUAAAUACAUGCAUGCAUGUACAAACAGGCACAACUACAGCCUCAAUCUUGUGUUUAGUUUGGGGAAAGAGAAAAGAAUUUCUGGUGGAUUUUUUUAAAGUGCACCUCUCAUGUGACCCAAACUCUGCCAGAAAACCACUGUGAUUAGCCAUACAUAAAGCCUGCAUAAAUGUCCCAUGGUUUCAGUUGAAUUUCAGUCCCUAGCCUUUACAAAUGAGGUCAAGACAUGACUAGAAUUUAAAUCAAGGGAAAAAAUGAAGUAUUUGAUUUUUGCUCAACGCUUAAUGUAUUUUUUACUGUGCCACUCUAAUGAGAAUAUUUAUAAAAUCCAGUAGCAUGAAUACUUCUCUGUAGUAAUACUGAUUUUGUGCCUUUUGUCUGCUUUCUUAAGACCAAUUGUUCACACUUUGUAGAUAUUAGACAAAUAUAUUUCGAUUAAAUACUGUACCU